CCUUCACCCCGGCUCCUGGACUGGAAUCAGGUGCAGGGACUUGCGGUAGACAUUUGCAAUCCUUCCCCCGGCGCGGUCGCUGGAGGGCCCUUGCCUCGGCAGUGCUGAUUUGCGUUGCUAUUUCUCCCUCAUAGAAUUUUUUUGCAUCUGUUCCCAAGGGGAUAAAACUGCCCCGGAGAACACUGAGCAGGGCUGAGCCAGAGCUGCCAGGAACAAUCUGGAUCAGAGGGGAGCCCUUAUGUAAAGCUCCCCCACCAAGCUGGCCCAGUAAAUUCCUCUUGAAGGCAAAGAGCAAAGGGAUGCUGGCAGGGGAAGCAGAGCUGGAAGCUGGGGCGGAAGUAAGGAGCCGUGUCCUCUCCCAGUGGAGCUGGCUGCUGGAGGAAUGUGCAGGAUCAACACAGAGCCCGUGUUUAGACAGGAGGCGCUGAGUGUUUUUGGACAGCGAGAGAUGGUGUCAGGGGAGCUGGAUCAGGCCCUUAUGCUGCUGGCCUCUGUUCUGCCACCAUUGGAUGGCACCUGGGGUGUUCCAGCUGCCUCCAGCGGAUGCGUCCAGCGGGCUGCUUGAAACAGGACUCUACGGGGCCAGGAACGGAAGGCGUUUGCUCCGCUUUAAUCAUCACAGGCCUGACAGAUGAUGAAGACAUCAAGGUGAUGCUGAAGGGCUCCUUUCUCUGGAAGAUCAAGUCACGCAGACGGAAGACGGAGCGGUUCUACCGCUUGCAGGAGGACGGCUUGACCAUCUUGUCUGAGAGCUGCUUUAAACGGGCUCGCUCCAAGCAGAUCUUCCCCAUCAUGCAGGUGGACGGCGUGCGGGAGGGCUACCAGUCCGAGGGGCUCCGCAAGCACGGCAGUUUCUUCCCGGAGACCCAGUGCCUCACCAUCGUCUUCAAGGGCCGGCGGAAGAACCUGGAUCUGGCUGCCCAGAGUGAGGAGGAGGCGAAGAGGUGGGCCCAGGGGCUGAAGAAGCUGAUGGCCAAGGUGGAAGCCAUGAGCCAGCAAGAGAAGCUUGAUCACUGGAUCCAUGACAUCCUGCACCGAGCCGACAAGAACAAGGACAACAAGAUGACCUUCAAGGAGAUCAAGGACAUGCUGAAGAUGAUCAAUAUCGACAUGAAUGACAUCUACGCCUACCAGCUCUUCCAGGAGUGCGAUAAGUCCAGCAACGACCGGCUGGAGGAGCACGAGAUCGAGGAGUUCUGCACCCUGCUGAUGAAGCGGCCCGAGCUGGAGGAACUGUUCCACCGCUACUCGGGGCAGGACUGCGUGCUGUCGGCCAAGGAGCUGGGGGCGUUCCUGCAGGACCAGGGCGAGGAUGCUGACCUGGUGCAUGCCCACACCAUCAUCCAGACCUAUGAGCUCAGCGAGAAAGCCAAACAGCACAACCGCAUGAUGCUGGACGGGUUCAUGAUGUACCUGCUGUCUGCGGCUGGUGACAUCCUGAACCAGGAGCACACCGACGUCUACCAGGACAUGAGCCAGCCCCUCUGCCAUUACUUCAUCUCCACCUCCCACAACACCUACCUGACCGACAAUCAGAUCGGGGGGGCCAGCAGCACGGAAGCCUACAUCAGGGCGUUCAUGGAGGGCUGCCGCUGUGUGGAGCUGGACUGCUGGGAGGGCUCCAACGGGGAGCCUGUCAUCUACCACGGCCACACCCUGACCUCUAAGAUCCUCUUCAGGGAUGUCAUCGAGAUCAUCCGGGACUAUGCCUUCAAGCACUCCUCGUACCCCGUGAUCCUGUCCCUGGAGAAUCACUGCGGGCUGGAGCAGCAGGUGACCAUGGUUCAGCACAUGAAGGCAAUCUUGGGAGACAUGCUGCUGACCCAGAUGCUGGAUGGGCAGGUCCCCAAGGAGCUCCCGUCACCAGAGCAACUGAAAGGGAAGAUCCUGGUGAAAGGGAAGAAGCUGCCGGACCUGGUGUGUGACCCCGAGAACAUGAGCUUCCUCUCCGACAACAACGAGGAGGAGGAGGAAGAGGAGGAAGAGGAGCGGGUGCUGCGCAAAGACCGCAGGAGGUCGUCCCAUUUGCUGCAGGAGAUCAGGCCACUCCAGGCGAAGGACACUGCGCAGAUCUCCCAGGAGCUCUCCGACCUGGUGGUGUACUGCCAGGCCGUCCCCUUCCAGAGCCUGGAGCGUGCACUCAGGAGCAAGCAGGCCUGCCAGAUGUCCUCCUUCAGCGAGAGGAAGGCCAGGAAGCUCAUCAAGGAGUCAGGGAAUGGCCUGGUCCGGUACAACACCCGACAGCUGAGCCGCAUCUACCCCUUGGGGCUGAAGAUGAACUCUUCAAACUACAACCCCCAGGAGAUGUGGAACGCCGGCUGCCAGCUAGUGGCUCUCAACUUCCAGACCCCCGGCUGCGAGAUGGAUCUGAACCACGGGCGGUUCCUGGUGAACGGGCGCUGUGGCUACGUGCUCAAGCCCAGCUUCCUGCGGAGCCGCCAGACCUCCUUUGACCCCGAGAGCGGGCGAGGGCCUGGCCACAGAGCCACCCUGCUGCUGGUCAAGGUGAUCACAGCCCAGCAGCUCCCCAAGCUGAACAACAAGAAGAGCUCCAUCGUGGACCCCUUCGUGCGCGUGGAGAUCCACGGCGUCCGAGCCGACUGCAGCAGUAAACAGACCGAGUACAAGCUCAACAAUGGGUUCAAUCCACGCUGGGAGGAGACCCUGAGCUUCCAGCUAUGGGUGCCGGAGCUGGCCCUGGUGCGCUUCGUGGUGGAAGAUUAUGACACCACCUCCUGCAAUGACUUCGUGGGGCAAUUCACCCUGCCCUUCACCAGCCUGAGGGAAGGGUAUCGUCACAUCCACCUGCGCUCCAGGGACGGGGCGUCCCUGGCACCGGCCACUCUCUUUGUGCACAUUAAAUCCAAGAAGAUAUGAGCGCACACGGCCGAGGAUCAGUGGCGGCGAGAUCAGCACCCAGGCGGCUGUGGCAGGACCCAGGAGGAGCCGGUUCAACGUGACCCUCCUUGGCUGGGUGCGUGGAGGCCCAGCCCAGCCAGACCUACACCCGGGGGCUGGGCUGCAGGGGGAGGUGAGGCCUCUGCUCUGUCUGCCCAGGGCGUAGCUGCUGCAGAGACUGGUUUGGUUCCCACCCCCCUAAAGUAACCUGGGGAGGGCUAAAUUCCUCCAGGACUCCAGCCUCUGCACCUGCCUCCUCCCCGGGGCCGCGGGCUGCGCUCAUCCCCAGCGUGCUGCUGGAAAGAGGCCGGAGGAAGGGACCUGAACCGGCCGGGAGCCUGUUAGCGCAGCCCCACGGCAGGGUCAGUGGUAAAGCAGGCGGGUGGUGUGUUUUUUCUAGCUAGCGUUGGCAUUUAUUUAGCUGUGGGCUACACGCUGCCCACGCCCCCAUGCAUCACACAGGCACACGCUGAUGGGGGGGGGAGGCAGGGGACGGAUGGAAACACACACGCACACUUUCCCGUUAACCCUUUAGUAGCCUCUCUUCAUACUGAGCUGAGACGCUUGUAUCUGAAGGAGCCUUCUGCUUGGCUGCAGGGCUUGGCUGUAAGCACAGCAGCCUGGGUGGAUUUUGUGAGACAGGCCCUGGAGCCUAGGGCCCGUUCCAAUCGGUGUAAUAUAUUGUAAAACGAUAAUAAAAAGUUUAUUUUACCAGA